AUGGCCUUCCCAACCUCACUCCUCGCCUUACACGUCCAUUUCUCAGACGACAACACCAAAAUGUCUGGCACAAGCACACCACGCUCCCGCUCGCGCUCCAAGCGAAGUACCACCAACCUAAGCGACCUGCGCCUGGCACCGCUCUCCACCAGAUUCGUGGAACCACCGCAGGACCGCAAGACCCCGAAGAGUCCUUACGAUGAAACGCCUGAUGCCUACUUCACGCGGCAGCAUUCCUCCUACAUCCACGGCAAGUCCGCGCCGUCGACACCGGGGAUUUUGAGCCGGAGCUCGAGUCGCAAGAAUCUUGGUGCGGGUCUGAGUCGGAAGAGCUCGAUUUAUGAUGAGGAUGAUGCGGAUGAUGAAGUGAGCUAUUCUUAUGCUGCGCCUGUGCGGCACUUUGGAGGGGAGCGAGCGGACGUGGGCAGUGGACAGAUUCCGAAGGCGAAGAGUGAUGCGGCGCUUCUUCUGGCGCAGGGACAACAGAGGCGGGAUAGGGAAAGACUUGCUGGACAAGGUGUGCCGCUUUCGAAGAGGCAUAGAUAUACUGGCCGACCGAAGAGCGGAGUGCAAACUCCCAAGCGAGAGUCUGCUGUGGUUGACGAUAGCUGGCUUACCCAUACCGGAGCCAUCACCUCCGCCCUGGUCCAAGAGGGUAAAGGGCAGUCAUGGCUGGCGUCGCGCGAGUCCUCGACAUCUUUGGCUGUACCUGAAUCGGAAGACGACGAAGACGACGACCACUACGAAGAAAUGGCAGCCUUGAACGCAAGCACUGCAAAGCUACAGCUGGCGUCUUUCGAUGGCGGCAGCCCGGUCAGCACCCGAGUCAGUAGGAGUGGUUGGGGUAGUAAAUAUGGCAGCCGAUCGGUAAGCAGACGCACAUCUCGCCUCGCCAGUCCAGAAGGGACACGAACACCGAGACGCGCGGAUGUCGCGGGCUACUUUGACAACCACGAACCCGAUCUCCCGGAGGAAGAACCAGGCUUCCUCGAUCCCAAAGACCGCAAUGAAGAGCUCGAGGCCCAGCUGGAAGUAGAGCGCCUGACCACUUCCAAAUCCUUUGGCAUGGGCAAUGUCGUGGACCGCCUGAUGAACUUCAACCUGUUCAAGGCCGAUGAUGGUGCUGAAACUACGGACGAUGAAUCGGUACAUGUACGCGAUGACGAGACAUUGGAGGAGGCGAAGGAGAGAAUGGCUGCUGAGUUGAAGAGGAGGCGAGAGGAGAAGGAGAAGCUUGUCUCUCAGCCUCCACCUGCACCGCUAGGUGACGGGCAGGAGGGCCAAGGAGAAGGUGCUGGUUGGAAAGAUGCGGCUUGGUUGUUGAGUGUUGCUUCGAAAGCAAUGUUCUAA